AUGCCAGAGGCCGUGAAAGCUACCUACGACGAUGGAUCAAUUCACGGGGUGCAAUCGUCGUUAGUGCCGAUGAAAAUCGCAGCGUUGUUGAACGCUAUAUCAGCAAGCUCAAUUGUUGAUAUCAUGAAGUCUUUCGUUUCUUUGCUUCUUCCCACCUCGGCCCUGGCUGGAUCAGUGCUGUGGAACGGCAUAUUCAACACCUCAGAUACGGUCGCGGACCUCGACAGGUGGUCCUGGUCUAAUCAGAUCGGGGCCUAUCAAUGGUACAUCCACGGCUCUGGUGAAACCACAGAGUAUCUGGGCUUGUCAACCGAUUUUAAGAACCCAGCGGCUACAGAUGCGAAGGGACUACGCACCAGCAUUGACGGAACAUCCUUCUGGGAGGGUCAAACGAUGGAGCGCACCGAACUGAUCCCACAAACCAAGUCCGAUCUAGGUUCGGGUCACUUGUACUAUCAUUUCUCCCUCUCCACCAAAUCGACAAAUCCACCCAGCUCGUCAUUUGAGCAUCAAAUUGCUUUCUUCGAAAGUCACUUCACUGAGAUUCAGUAUGGUUCAUCUGGAAGUGCCGACAACACCCUUCGUUGGAAUGCAAAUGGAAACACGCAGUGGUCUGUGCAGCUGGAAGCAGGAAACUGGUACAACUUUGCGUACGAUAUAGAUUUCGACGCCAAGACGGUCGGGCUCUGGGCUUCAAAUGGAUCAGAUGUCUUGACUGAGGUUGUGAAGCCGGUCACCGCUUCUACGUCAACCAACUCAGCCGACUGGCAUGUCGGUGUCUUGAGGUUGCCUGGAAGCACAAGUGAUGACACGGAAGAAGACUGGUAUUGGUCAGGCGUCUAUAUCGAAGAGGCGCCAAUCACCACUAAUAUUGGAUCUGGGAGCUCUUCUUCCGAAGCUUCUGGCGAGUCGGCUUCUAUUGCUCAGACGACAAGGACGAUCCAGGCAGCUGCGGCAGACAGCACUACCGUUGCGGCCAUCCACGUAGCUACGACAAGCUCGGCUCUUACGACUACUGCUGAGACCAGCGUUCAUUCUCCCGCAGUCUCUUCAGUUACUGCAUCGUCAGCUCCUUCCUUCACCUCUGUGACAGAUGCAGUAUCUACCCCGUUUACAACUUCAAGCACAACUGUGACAUAUACGUCAUCAUCUUCGCCCUCCUUCCCAUCUGCAUCGACUGCUGCAGAAUUCCUCGAAGAAAUCCGCGUUUUGAUCAAAUCCCUUGUUUCCCGUUCGAAUAGCCUGCACUCGCGGGACUUUGGAGUACCGCUAUGGCAACAAUGCAAGGAAUGCGCAGAAGUGUCCUAG